CCUUUGAGCAGAGGUAACCCCCUCUGCAUCUCUUGCUACCGAAGCUGCAAAGCAGGAAGGAUUGCGGCGUGUACGAUGCGAAGCCCUCUCUAGGGUUUCUUCAUUCGAGAGAGACCGUCCGAAACUUUGGCGGACAGAGCUCCUCUAGAGAAGUUUUGCAACGAAAGAGGCAGCCUUCUUGAGGACUCAGAUGGUGUACACGUUGGCACAGUGUACGCCGGACUUGCCGUGGACCGACUGCAAUCAUUGUUUGCGAACGGCCAUCGCGGAGCUCCCCUUUUGCUGCGCCGGUCUCCAUCUACCAGCACACGACAUAUUUGGCAGACUGUCAAUGGCUAGACCGCAAAUCCACAGCCGCCGGACCAUCUAUUCUGGCGAAGAGAUAGGAUUGAAAAGCGUGUCGAAAAUCAGAGUGGCGCAGGCUAAGCGUGGGUGAAAUAGAAAGAGCUAUUUAGAUUAAAUAUUAAAUUAAUUAUAUGUUUUUAUGUUUUGAAAAUUUUAAGGACGUUAAUUUUAAUAUUGGAGAUACUGUUGUAACAAAAGUUUUUAGUAUUCUAAAAUAAAUGUAUUCAAGAAUUUUAUAUUUGCUUCCACUGUAUAAAAUUAUUUAUAGGUUUGGGUUACUA